AAAUUCCAACAGCUCCACUAUCCUUUGGUAAACUAAUGUCCAAAGACUUUUGAAGCUUCCAGUCAACCAACCCCCUCUUGCUCUUGCUAUUGCUCUUGCUCUUGGUUUGAAUCUGAUUAGGUGCUCAAUCUUUCACAAACAUAUCCAUCUCUUUUCUUCCUAAUCGAUGGAGGUUGCAGGGAUCUAUCUGGGGCCGAUCAUUCAGGCGCUGCUUGACAAGUUGGUCUCUCCGGCGGUGUCAAACUAUGCCCGUCGAGAGGGAAUGGAUGCUCAGUUGAAGAAGUUGGAGAAAAUGUUGCCAGCUAUUCGUGCUGUUCUGGCUAACGCAGAGGACAAGCAAUUGGAAAAUGAUGCUGCUGUCAAAUUGUGGAUGGACGAGCUCACGGACUUGGCUUACGAUUUGGAUGAUUUGCUGGACGACUUGGCUACUCAAACUUUGGGACGAGAGCUGAUCAAGCCACAAUCUCAUGCUAGCACCAGUACUACUAGUAAGGUACGACAACUCAACCCUCUCAAGCUUUAUCAUAAUAUGAAGUCCAAAAAAGAUAUGAAGUCCAAGAUAGAGGACAUCACUAAAAGAUUAGAAGAUAUUGAAAAACAAAAGAGUAUCCUGAAUUUGAAAGAGAAUGCUGAAGUGAUUGGGUUCAAGACAACAAGAGGAGGACGGGAAACGACUUCUUUCGUCUACAACUCUGAAGUUUGUGGCAGAGUACAAGAUCAAGAGGCUAUCGUUGCGGAGUUGUUGAAGGAUGAAGUUAGUGCUGACAAUUUCUCUGUCAUUCCCAUUGUGGGCAUGGGAGGCAUUGGUAAGACUACUCUCGCUCAGCUGGUCUACAAUGAUGAACGUGUAGAGGGUCGUUUUGAUCUCAAGGCAUGGGUUUGUGUUUCUGAUGAUUUUCAUGCAUAUGUUCAUAGAGUGACAAAGGCAAUUCUUCAGGAAGUCACUUCAGGAAGUCACGAUUCCGUGUCUCUGAAUAUGCUUCAACAGAAACUGAAGGAGAACUUGUCAGGGAAGAAGUUUCUUCUUGUUUUGGAUGAUGUUUGGAGCGACAAGUAUGAAGACUGGCAGCUCCUAAAACUUCCUUUUAAUGUUGGGGCACCUGGGAGCAAAAUUAUUGUCACAACUCGCCAUGAAAGCGUUGCAUCAACCAUGACUCUGUCUCAGGCUUACCAACUAAAAGGUUUGUCCAAUGAUGAAUGUCUAUCUUUAUUUGCCCAUCAUGCACUCGAGAAAGAAAACUUUGAUGCAGAUCCAAGUCUAAAAGGAAUUGGUAUGGAAAUAGUGAGUAAAUGUAAAGGCUUGCCCUUGGCUGUAAAGACACUAGCAGGCCUCUUCCGGAAUAAACGCCAAAGUAGUGAGUGGGUAGACAUAUUGAAUAGCAAGAUAUGGAAUUUACCCGAACAAAGUGGUGGUAUUCUUCCAGCCCUUCAAUUGAGCUAUCAUCAUCUCCCAUCUCAUUUGAAGCAAUGCUUUGCCUACUGUGCAACAUUUCCAAAAGACUAUGAAUUUGACAAAGCUGAGCUAGUUCUAUUGUGGAUGGGGAUAGGCCUUUUGCAGCAAUCAAAAGAAAAGGAUCGAAUGGAGAAUUUUGGCAAUAAGUGUUUUGAUGAUCUUUUAUCAAGGUCAUUUUUUCAACAAUUUGGUAGUAGUAAAUUAUUGUUUGUGAUGCAUGACCUUCUACAUGAUCUAGCUAUACAUGUUUCUGGAAAAAUAUCCGUUCGGUUGGAUAAGUUGGAGGGUAAUGAGCAAUUUGAAAUUCCUAAACGAGCUCGACACUUGUCAUUUGUUCGUCAAUACUAUGAAGCCUUUCAAAAGUUCAGGCCUCUUUGCAAAGUUCAGCAUCUCCGAACUCUAUUGGCAUUACCAGUUCAGGCACAUGCAUCGGCAUACUUAGCAAAAAAGGUUUUGUUUGAUUUAUUGCCAAAUUUACAAUGCUUAAGGGUGCUAUCGUUGUCUGGUUAUUCCAUAACUGAGUUACCAGACUCAAUUGGCCAUAUGAAGCAUCUCAGAAUAAUGGUCCACAAUUUUACAUUUAUGGAGUGCUUGUGAUUAAUUAAGUCACACUUUUCGGACUCAGGUUGGGAUGCUAAAUUGGUGAAUGAGUCGUACCCAUGGAUUGAGAAGCAAAUUGUUUACUGGCCAAAGCUUGGGCCAUUGCAGAGAGCGGUGAGGGACAGUCUUUUGGAAGUUGGGGUCUUACCCUUCAACGGAUUCACCUAUGAUCACAUAAGUGGACCAUUUUUGACAAGUUUGGUCGCCAUCACACAUAUGCAGAGCUUCUUGCUUCCGUAAUUUCUGAGAACCGUCAUGUUUUGAUUCAUGCUACAGGACAAAAGAUCAUAUUCAAUGUAACAGGGAAGAAACCAGUGGCCGUUGGAGUGAUCGUCAUGGAUGAAAAUGGGAAACAACAUUGAUAAUUUCUUGCAAAGAGGCCGAGCAGUGAGAUAAUAGUGUCGUGUGGAGCAAUUGGAAGCCCUCAGCUGCUGCUAUUCAGUGGCGUUGGACCUAAGGCUGACCUCAAGAAGAUGAACAUUUCAAUGGUGCUUGAUAAUGAGUCUGAUAACCCCUUGAACACUGUUUUUAUUCCCGCCAAUCGAUCUGUGGAGCAGACAUGGAUACAAACUGUAGGGAUUACCAAGAUGGUGUUGCGUUGAAGGUAUUCGUAUCGUGGAGAAGCUUGUGAGCUCCAAACACUUCACAAACUUCGCACUGUUUGAUAGACAAUCAGUGGCCAUGCCGCUCAACACAUUAAUGAAACAGGGUCAUUGGAGCAGUUUUGCAAAGAUACUGUGAUCACAAUUUGGCACUACCAUGGUGGGUGCCGAGUGGGCAAGGUACAUGGGAGUGAAGAUUUUAAGAGAGAUUAGGAAGAGCAGCUGGUUUAUAAAGACAGAUCAAGACCAAGUAAGGGCAGAUGCAUUUGUAUGUUGUGAUAGGGAAAAUGUAAUUUUGUUAGUCUAAUUCUUAGUGCAAUUGUAUGUAGAGAUAGGCUUGUCAACAAUCAAUAUCGGUGUUCUGUUCUUUUGUAUCUAUGGUUUGUAUAAGAACCAACUUUUAUUUAUGAAGUCACCUGUUGGUCUUUUUGCU